AUGGAAGUAAUAGUGUUUGAUACCAAACGGAGAAGAAGUGAGACGAAAAAGAUCAAGAUUGUCCGUGUCAACGAACCAUCGUACAUGGCUCUUCUUUCUCCGGCUGACUAUCCUACAACUAUUGGAUUCGCUAUUCUUCUGAUUGCUACGAGUAUCAUUCUUUAUUUGAUCAUUCUCAUUGUCAUGUUGAAAAAAAGAAAUCGAUCGCACCGAUGA